AUGUCCAUCACCAACUCCGUCAUCGUUCCUGCCUACCACGAGAAGCUGAACAUCAAGCCAUUGACCACCAGACUGUUCGCAGCGCUGGGCAACGAGGGCUCCAAGACGACUGAGCUCAUCUUUGUUGACGACAACUCGCAGGAUGGAUCGGUCGAGGAAGUCGAGUCGCUCAAGAAACAGGGCUACAAUGUCCGCAUCAUUGUCAGAACUGACGAACGUGGUCUUUCUUCUGCUGUUCUCAAGGGCUUCCGCGAAGCCGAGGGCGAGUACCUGAUUUGCAUGGAUGCCGACCUGCAGCACCCACCGGAAAGCGUUCCCAAGCUCCUCGACUCGCUCAGAAACCACGCUUUCGUCAUCGGCACCCGCUACGCCCCAGGCGUCGGCAUCGACAAGGACUGGCCUCUCUACCGCAGAGUCAUCUCCUCCACGGCUAGGAUGAUGGCAAGACCAUUGACCUCCGCGUCAGACCCCAUGAGCGGCUUCUUUGGUCUGCAGAAAUCCUACCUCGACAGAGCGGACCCCAGAAGCAUCAACUCCCAGGGUUUCAAGAUCGCCCUCGAGCUCCUCGCCAAGCUUCCACUCCCAGCCAACGCCAACGCGGCGCUCGGUGAAGUUCCCUUCUCGUUUGGUGUGAGAACAGAGGGUGAAUCGAAGCUCUCAGGCAAGGUCAUCGUUCAGUAUCUACAGCAGCUCAAGGAGCUCUACUGCUUCAAGUACGGCGCAAACAACCUAGUGUUGUUCUUGCUCUUCUGGUCCAUCUUGGUGCUCUACUGCGUCUAUCAGAUCUACUCCCUUCUCUUUUAG